GCCCAGUAGUCGCUCACACUGUGGCCCCGCCCCCAUUGCACCCGCUACCAAUUCUGUAGUCCUAGACCCAUCCUAGCUCUCAGUCGGGUUGCUAGGGUAUUUGCCCCGCCCCCUAAGCAAAGAGCUCGUUUUUCUGCUCCGCCCCCAGGUCAGUAGCUCACGACCCAGACCUACCCCAGAGUCAAUUGGUUUCUUAAAGGUCGUCACCCAGGCCUCAGCAUUUGGGCAAUCCCCACCUUUGGUUUCUGUGAUUAUAAUCCGGACUCUUCUUACCAGAAUCGUCAAUUGCCUCUAUAGGGGAUACAGGGAAGUCCCUUCUCAUCAGUCUCUUAAUUUUUUGCGGAAGCCAAUAUGAACUCUCUUUAAACAUAUACAUCAAAUAUGAUUCUUAGAAUCUGGAACUUUUGUCUGAUGGGGCCCUAGAGAUCUACGCGGCUCAAUCCCCAUAGUUUCUGAAAUGAGAAAAUUCAGUCCCUAAACGUAAAGCAAACUCGAGAAUGGAUGCCUCCUAAUGUUUCCUUUGGAACGGGGAGCCAUGGAGGAGGGUGGUGCUCAUUGGAAAAUUCUAUAUUCGGCCCUGCUCCCACCCACUCCCAAACCUAAAAUUGGCGUCUGGGCCCACGUUAAAUCUAGUUCCUUUCAAAUUUGGGAGGCCGCCAACGCCAUUCCCAAACAAGCAUCAGGAAAAACAAAAAAGCGCAAACAAAAGAAGAAAAAAUAGCUUCUCGAGACCUGACGUUCCGGAGGGGCGGUCCCCUACAGACAGGUUCUGGCUUGCAAGCUCCUGACGUAAAACUACGAUUCCCAGCAGGCUUCGCGGCCGAUCACACGCCCGGAAGGAAAAGCUCUAACCGUGCAGGAAGGUGGCCCUGCCAAAUAAACAGACCGGCUCUUUGCUGUUGUAGGAGAGUGGGGAGAGAGCGGCUGUGGAAAAACCAUCCUAUUGCCAACAUGAACGUGGUUUUUGCCGUGAAGCAGUACAUUUCCAAAAUGAUAGAGGACAGUGGGCCCAGCAUGAAAGUACUUCUCAUGGAUAAGGAGACGACCGGCAUCGUGAGUAUGGUGUAUACACAAUCAGAGAUUCUUCAGAAGGAAGUGUAUCUUUUUGAACGUAUCGAUUCUCUGAAUCGGGAGACCAUGAAGCACCUGAAAGCCAUUUGUUUUCUUCGACCAACAAAGGAAAAUGUGGAUUACCUAAUUCAGGAGCUCCGAAGACCAAAAUAUAGUGUGUAUUUUAUUUAUUUCAGUAACGUAAUCAGCAAGAGUGAUGUGAAGUCAUUGGCCGAAGCUGACGAACAGGAAGUUGUGGCUGAGGUUCAGGAGUUUUAUGGCGAUUACAUUGCUGUGAAUCCACAUUUGUUUUCCCUCAAUAUCUUGGGUUGUUGCCAGGGUCGAAAUUGGGAUCCGGCCCAGCUAUCUAGAACAACCCAAGGACUGACAGCUCUCCUGUUAUCCCUGAAGAAAUGUCCCAUGAUACGUUACCAGCUUUCAUCAGACUCAGCAAAAAGACUUGCUGAAUGUGUGAAGCAAGUAAUAACUAAAGAGUAUGAGCUUUUUGAAUUCCGAAGAACUGAAGUCCCUCCAUUGCUGCUGAUUUUGGAUCGCUGUGAUGAUGCCAUAACCCCACUGCUAAACCAGUGGACAUAUCAGGCCAUGGUCCAUGAACUGCUGGGCAUAAACAACAAUCGGAUUGACCUUUCUCGAGUACCAGGGAUCAGUAAAGACCUGAGAGAAGUGGUCCUGUCUGCUGACAAUGAUGAAUUCUAUGCCAAUAACAUGUACCUGAAUUUUGCUGAAAUUGGCAGCAACAUCAAGAAUCUCAUGGAAGACUUCCAGAAAAAGAAACCAAAAGAACAACAAAAACUAGAAUCAAUAGCAGAUAUGAAGGCCUUUGUGGAGAAUUAUCCACAGUUCAAGAAGAUGUCUGGGACUGUGUCAAAGCAUGUGACUGUGGUUGGGGAGUUGUCUCGACUGGUCAGUGAGAGGAAUCUGCUGGAAGUUUCUGAGGUUGAGCAAGAGCUGGCCUGCCAGAAUGAUCACUCUGCUGCUCUCCAGAAUAUUAAAAGACUCCUGCAGAAUCCCAAAGUAACUGAAUUUGAUGCUGUACGCUUAGUGAUGCUUUAUGCCCUGCAUUAUGAACGACAUAGCAGUAAUAGCCUUCCUGGACUGAUGAUGGACCUCAGAAAUAAAGGUGUUUCAGAGAAGUAUCGCAAGCUGGUGCCUGCCCUUGUUGAGUACGGUGGCAAACGAGCAAGAGGAAGUGACCUCUUUAGCCCUAAAGAUGCUGUAGCUAUUACCAAACAGUUCCUCAAAGGAUUGAAGGGAGUGGAAAAUGUUUAUACACAGCAUCAACCUUUCCUAUAUGAGACACUGGACCAUCUCAUCAAAGGGAAGCUUAAGGAAAAUCAGUACCCUUACUUAGGCCCCAGCACACUGAGAGACAGGCCUCAAGAUAUCAUCGUGUUUAUCAUUGGAGGGACCACCUAUGAAGAGGCCCUGACAGUUUAUAACUUAAACCGCUCUACUCCUGGAGUUAGGAUUGUCCUGGGAGGAACCACAAUACACAACACAAAAAGUCAAGUGCCCAUCCAUUGUGCCACUGAUAUCACAGAAUUUAGAAGUCUUCCGAGGACUGUCAGUUUUUAAAGUCAUCCUCUGAACACAGAAGCAAAAAUUUUUUUCUACUUUAUAUGUAAGAUAUUCAUUUUGGAUGUAGUCCAUAUUUCCGCAUCAAAUGAUCCUGCCUAGCAACAGAACAUGCAUCCUGGUUUGGGCUUUAAGAUGGUCUGGUCUGCCUUAUCACUUCACAACUCAAUCAAUAUUAAAGAGGCAGAGUCCCUGCCAGUAUCAGUUGACACCUUGAGUUGGCAGGGUGAGCAGAGAGGCCAAGAAGCAAAAAAAAACCCAAACUACACAGAUAGAACUGCUCAUCCCCUGGAAGAAAUCCUUCCAAGCCUGACCUUGAUGUGGGAGGCAGAGAAAAGAGGCACUGGAUGAAUGUUCAGAAUAAUUGUUCUGCUGCUGCCGCCACCACCACCAUCCAAAUCGUGCCUAAGCUGUGGGCAAAUGGGCAGCAGGUCAGUUCAGAGCUCUAUUAGUUCAGCACUUUUCACAAGCACUGAACUGCCUGGAAUAAAGAAAUAACCUGGCAGGAGGUGUCCCUUGGAACAAAGAUCUUCCACUUGUCAGAUUCCUUUCAAGCUUGAAAGCUUCAUGGGCUAACGAUAAAUGUGUUCAGGAGUUGGUAGCUAUUUGUGCCAAAUUCUGUUGCCCACUUGGCUUAUUGGCCACAUCUCUGAAUUUAUGCAAGUUAAGAACAGAGAUUGCAUUGGUAUGCAGGCUAAGAGAGAGGCUUGGGGGGGGGGGGGUUACAAAUACAACCACCCUCACCAAAACCCAAUAAAUCAAAUGGAAAACAAGGAGUAAAAGCCUACCCCAAAUGUCUUAACUUUCAGCAAUACAAAUGAUUCAGACAACAAACAAGGGAGAUGCUUCUGUUCUGUGUCUUUUUCCAAUCCUACCCUAAGGUUUUUGAGGAGUCUGAUGCCCUUUUUAAAAAAUCUCUUGCUAAUUUGCAAUAUCAUUAGAAAAUCCACCCCACCUUUUUGUGUCAAAUAUCCAGUGGCAGAGGGGGAUUAUUAAUGCCUAGAAAAGGGGAGGGAUAGAGAAGCAUUCUGUUGUGUUUUGAGAUUUACUUUGUCCAAGUAUCAUUGAGGGUGAAAAUGAAAAGUGAUAAACAUUCUUUUCAAAUUAAAGUUAUAAACUUCAUUAAAAGUGACCACUUUUAGGUUAGCCACCCAAAGAGGCAUCUGAUUGCUAGUAGCAGUUAACAGUGGCAGAUGUCAAGCAGAACUUUUUACCAAAGGGUUUGGUUUAAGGCAUUAAAAAAAAAAAAACCCUGAGACACACUUACUGUAAAUAAAUUUGAACUGAGGAGCAAAUUCGUAUUGUCAACAGGUACUUUGUAGAUCUCUACCUGAACAAGUAAUACUAGAAACUUGGAGCUUCUCUUGUGACCGCAAGUUGGCUCAAUCUCUGAAUUAUUUACAGAAAAAUUAGGAUACUGUGACUGAAUUUGCAUUUCAAAAGGAGAGAAAUCCAGAGGACACUCCUUACAUGUUGGUAUUUCAGGACCAGCUAUCAGAGCCACUGUGUUCACUGUUGAGAUUAAGCCACUAAGGGUGGUAUAGAUGAGUAUGAGCUGUGGUGAAGAAAUAAAUCCCUUUUAGUAAUUAAAAAGCCUUCCUAAGUAUUGGAAUCACAUUAUGGACACCCUGAAACAAACCAAAUUUUAACCUAGAGUUCUGAUUUGAAGUGGUGUGUUGCCUGGCUCAAGCUGGGCCAUACUUCCACUGGAGUUAUUUAAGUGGUAAUGCUUCAAGGCAGCCAGGCAGCGUAGUGGAUAAAGCACACAGGCUUGGAUUUGGGAGGUCCUGGGUUCAAAUAUGACCUCAGUGACUACCUAGAUCUGUGACCUUGGUCACACUUAACCCCCAUUGCCUAGCCCUUACCACUCUUCUGCCUUGGAACCAAUACAUAGUACUGAUUCUAAGACAGAAGGUAAGGGUUUAAAACAAAAACAAUUUUUAAAAAAGUCUUUUAUGACUUUUAUGUCAUUCAUGAGAUGGUAAUACCAAACCAAAUAGAAGUAUUUAUGGAGGACAGUGAUGAAAAUGGCAUUUAUGAUACUGUCAAGAAAAGAAGUUUAUAACUUACACAUACAGACACUCCCUCUCUCCUUCCUUUCCUCCCUCCCUCUUCCCUCUCUUUCUCCCUCUCUUUCCCUCCCUCUCCCU